GCUUGACCAUGAGUUAUGUUUGUGGAAAAACAGCCCAGAUCCCUAUUUAAGAAGCGUCAGCAUCCACAGUCCGAACACAACUGGGGUGAUUCGGUCAGUGUGAAGAUGCAAUUGUCCUCUGUAGUCACAUCUCCGAAGCUGCUGCUGCAGCUUUGCAUCAGCACCGUGCAAUGCUUUUUGUCCAGCGUCUUUUCGAAAGUACGUUACUGGACAACAGGAGCCUGCAAAGGGACGAGCUCAGCACUUUCACCCGUUGACAACAAACUGGAUCAAAAAGAAAUCCAAAAUGCGACGAUUCCAACAAGCGUCAACUAUCACUUCACACGCAAGUGUAAUUACAAAUGUGGGUUUUGUUUCCACACUGCAAAAACAUCAUUCGUCCUGCCUCUGGAGGAAGCCAAGAGGGGCCUCAAACUUCUGAAGGAAUCAGGCAUGGAAAAGAUCAACUUCUCUGGAGGAGAGCCUUUCUUGCAUGAUAAAGGAGAGUUUCUGGGGAAAUUAGUUCAGUUCUGCAAACAGGACCUCCAGCUCCCAAGUGUCAGCAUCGUCAGCAAUGGAAGCAUGAUCAAAGAAAAAUGGUUCCAGAAAUAUGGUGACUAUCUGGACAUCUUGGCUGUCUCUUGUGACAGUUUUGAUGAAGAAACCAACCAGCUGAUCGGCAGAGCUCAAGGCAGGAAGAGCCACCUCGAUUGCCUUUACAAGAUUCGCAACUGGUGCCAACAGUACAAAGUCGCAUUCAAAAUCAACUCGGUCAUCAACACCUUCAACGUGGACGAAGACAUGGUGGAGAGCAUCACCCAGCUUGCCCCCUGCCGCUGGAAGGUCUUCCAGUGUCUGUUGAUCGAUGGUGAAAAUGCAGGAGAAAAAGCCCUGAGAGAGGCGGAGAGGUUCAUCAUCAGUGACCAACAGUUUCAGGAGUUUCUGGAUAGACACAGCAGCGUCUCCUGCCUCGUUCCAGAGUCCAAUGAGAAGAUGAGAAAUUCAUAUCUGAUCCUCGAUGAAUAUAUGCGUUUCCUGGACUGCAGAGAGGGAAGGAAGGACCCGUCCAAGUCCAUACUUGAUGUUGGUGUGAAAGACGCUAUCUGCUUUAGUGGCUUUGAUGAAAAAAUGUUUUUCAAGAGAGGAGGGAAAUAUCUGUGGAGCAAAGCUGACAUGAAGCUGGAGUGGUGAAAAUCUGCAACUGCAAUUUGAUUUACCUUCCCUGAGAGGCUGCACAGAUUAUAUGUACCAUAUUAUUGUUUUUACCGUUUUAAUGUUUUUAUCUUUAUUUGUGGCUGUUUUAAGACUUAUUGUACUGC